CGCCGCUGUCACGUGCGUGGUGCUGGCGCGCACUGCGCACCCCUUCGGCACCUUGACGGGCGGCGCGCGCGGUGGGACAGGUGCCUAACGGCCGUAACGGUCCUAACAGCCAUAACGGCAGCGGCUCUAACGAGGACCGCUCGCCCCGGCGUGGUGGCACCUUGGAGGCAGCGGGAGCGCCCAGCCCGCCGGGCGGAGGGGCCGCAGGGAGCCUGCCGGGGAAUGUCGCAGCGACCGGCAAUUUCGUCUUGUUUGUAAAAACGUCAUGACACACAGCAGCAUCAUGGUGGAUGUAGGCAAAUGGCCAAUAUUCACCUUACUGUCACCUCAAGAAAUAGCGUCUAUUCGGAAAGCAUGCGUAUUUGGUACAUCAGCCAAUGAAGCUAUAUACAUAACACACAACGAUGAGGUAUUUGUUUUUGGACUGAAUUGCAAUAAUUGUUUGGGAACUGGAGAUAAUCAGAGUACAAUAGUACCAAAGAAAUUAGAAGCCUUAUGUGGAAAGAAGAUUUCCAAUCUCAGUUAUGGAAGCGGACCCCAUGUUGUACUUUGUACUGAAGAUGGUGAAGUGUAUGCUUGGGGCCAUAAUGGUUACAGCCAGCUUGGGAACGGCACAACCAAUCAGGGCAUUAGUCCUGUUCAAGUUUGCACAAAUCUGUUAUUAAAGAAGGUGGUGGAAGUAGCUUGUGGCUCUCAUCAUUCCAUGGCGCUGUCAUUUGAUGGGGAUCUGUACGCUUGGGGCUAUAAUAACUGUGGUCAAGUUGGAUCUGGAUCUACAGCAAACCAGCCAACUCCUCGCAGAGUUUCGAACUGUUUACAGGGCAAAAUGGUAGUUGGCAUUGCUUGUGGUCAGACCUCCUCCAUGGCUGUAGUAAACAAUGGUGAGGUUUAUGGCUGGGGUUACAAUGGUAAUGGUCAGCUAGGUCUUGGAAACAAUGGCAAUCAACUAACACCAUGCAGAGUGGCAGCGUUACAUGGUCUGUGUGUACUCCAGAUUGCCUGUGGCUAUGCGCACACACUAGCACUAACAGAUGAGGGUUUGCUCUAUGCCUGGGGAGCUAACACUUAUGGGCAGCUGGGAACUGGCAAUAAAAGUAACCAGCUAAGCCCGGUGCAGAUCAUGAUGGAAAAAGAAAGGGUUGUGGAGAUUGCAGCCUGUCACUCUGCUCACACGUCAGCUGCCAAGACCCAGAGCGGCCAGGUGUACAUGUGGGGUCAAUGCCGUGGGCAGUCAGUGAUCCUUCCCCACCUCACUCACUUUGCCUGCACUGACGAUGUGUUUGCUUGCUUUGCUACCCCUGCCGUUAUGUGGCGUCUUCUGUCAGUAGAGCAUGAAGACUUUUUAACAGUAGCAGAAUCUCUGAAGAAAGAGUUUGACAGCCUAGAAACCUCAGACCUAAAGUUCCGUGUGGAUGGAAAAUACAUCCAUGUCCAUAAAGCUGUUCUGAAAAUCAGGACUUCUGGAUUUGGCUACUUCGUACUGUGAAAAUAGACUGAAAAAACUGUGUCAACACAUUAUCAAGAGAGGAAUUACUGUCGAAAAUGCAUUUUCAUUGCUCUCUGCUGCUGUCAGAUAUGAUGCAGAGGUAAACUUCUGAACUUCAAUCUCUUAAAUAGGUGGCUGCUUUCUGACUUAAACUAUGGAGAAAAGCAGCUAGUUAUAUUUUCAUAUAAACUCUAUCUUGCUUACUAUCAGAUAAUACUAUUUGCCAUUUUCAGAAUUUGAGAAUGUUGGACUUCUAAAAACUGUAUUUGCAAUGAGAGAGAUAUUUUCUUCUUUUUUUUUUUUCUUUCUUCUUUCCCCAUAAACCACUACCGGGAAGGUGAACCUAGUACGUAGAUAUCUAAAGAUUACUUAAGUCACAGGUGGAGACUUAGUAUCUGUAAAUGCUUGCAUUGCUUAAUUUUAUGGUAAAAGGUUAUGAUGCUGUGCGAAGCUUCAUGAAUUACUGUUUCUGGGAGGGGGAAACUGUAACAAAAACUUUCUGAGGAUGAAAACACUAACUCUGAAACAAGGGAAAGGUUUAAAUACAAAGCGAAACACAUAACAUUUUGAAAAGCAGUCUUGUAGUCCUUAAGUUACUUAUUUGUAAGGUUGUGUGGUGUGUGUGAUGUCAUAUGGUGGUAGGUUUGGGGAUUGAGUGCAUUUGGGUUUUUUGUUUGGUGAAGUGGAGUUUUGUUGGCUUUUUUUUGUUUGUUUUGUUUAGCUACAGUCAAAUAAAAUUCCAGUCUUCAUAGUAUGCUAAUGAAAUGGAAGGAGAACUGCUUUAUGGGCCUAAUAAAUUUUGAUGACAGAGAAACUGUGUGAAAAGGGGGGAAGGCUAGUGAAACUUCCCUACUGCAUCAUAUCUGAUUUCACUACUAGAUAACUAACAUGCUGCUACAUGAAUCAGGAAGUAUUCCUGGACUUGCUUCGGCUAUUUGUGUUCAGCAUAGUAUCCGUGCAUCAUGUUUGCAACUUUGCAAUUGGUUAAUUUUUAACCUGCUACUUAUGCUUAUAAAGCAGUUUUGGUACUCAGUAAAUCAACUCAUUGCUUUUUCUUGUACUUGAUAUCCAGCAAUUGGCAUGCAGAUGCCCUAACUUACUUCAGAGCCUUGUAGCAUGUUGCUUGUUUGAUAUACCUUACCCAAAGGGCUGUGUUAGUGUCUGAAUUGUCGCUUCAGCUCUACUGUGAAUAAUGAUUUCUUUGGUGGGAGUUCAUGGAAAAUAGGAAGAUUUCCAUACUUUAGCCUUAAAAGAUUUUUUGCAGGAUGGGUCUUCAGUAUGUGAUUGAUUCAGCUCAUAAAGGGUAGAAGAAAUCCAGUUACUAUGCCUUGGCUGUACCUCACUAGCUAAAUGAAGUUAGAAGUGAAGUUAGAACAGUAGGCUUAAGUGCUACAUCAAGGAGAGAAUGGGUGACACUGAGGGGUUGGCUUUUCGUAAAAAGUGAUUUUUACUUGUAGUAAUGCUAGAUGGGGGCUUGAAAUUGCUUGAGUGAUGUAGUUCAUUCAAGGGAUUGUGCAUCUGCAAGACAACAGUUAAAAGAAGCUGCUUCGCUAAUUUAAAAUACCUCCAUGACAUGAAACUCUGCUAUACUUUAUUUCUUUUGGUGACUGACUGAAUUGAAGUGGCUAGAAUUAGGUCAGGUCUGGCUUUUUAUUGUAGCUUUUAAAAUAAUCGUGGGAUAUACCUUGUGCCUUUAUUCACUUAAGUCUAUAUUAAUUAUAGUUUGCUGGGAACGCAUCCAUCUACAAAUGAAAUUCAACCUUUUUUUAUACAGAACUUUAUUCAAAGUUACUUACUAAUACUACAAUAUUUCUGUUUAUUGUAUGAUUCUGUUGCAUUGACUUGGAAUAUGAAUUUUUUAAUAAAGCAGUGCAAAAUAUU